AUAGUCAGGUGAAUACUGCCAACUCGAGCUUAAAGAUGCUCAACGUCUUGGUAGCGCGGGAAUCGUCGUCAUAAACGGGGCACUGGAAACUGACUGUUUUUGCUCGUACCUUACUGAAUGCGGGUUAGUUUUUCGCUUAAAGUUAGUACUUACUCGGCUAGUAAAUACUGAAAUUACAACAGUCUUGAGCUUUGCAGCAUCCGACAAGCUGACUAGUGCAGUACAUAGACGCAGCAAUUCGCCGGUAGACACGGGUCGACUUAGCUUGUGUUUGACGUUGUUAUGAAUCUUCUGUUUGGAAAGCGUCUCUUCUAGUGACUACUAAGUUUACACUCAGCUGUUUGGUGGAGGAGUCUCUGGAGACUGGUGAUGGUCAAAUCCAGCCUCGACGCCUGGAAACUGGAUGCAUUCCAAUAUCAUUCCGAUAUCUUAAGAAAUUGCAUGGUGUGUGUUUACAAAUGAAGUUUGUUGCCGGCGCGGAGCAUAGCAAGAUCAUUGCGUUUCAUAUGUUGCUUAGUUUUUGUGCUUUCAAAAUAGUUUGACUUAGUGAUUUUCUUCCGCAAUUUCGGGCUUGUUUACAAUCAAUUGCCUGUGAGGUAUGUGAGUGUGCAAUAUAUACAGGGCCAAGGUCCUUUUCGGAGAAUAGUUGGUGCAAUAGUGUAAUUAUAAUCAAAUCAUUUUAUCAAGAAAGUGGAGCUAUAGUCUGAAAACAAACCGUCCUGAAUUUUGAGUUAUUUUAUCGUUUUAAUUUAUAACCCAGUGAACUCAAAUACAGUUUUGGCAAGCAGUGUUGAAAUCAUAUUGAAAAUCCAUUCUAUUUUGUUAUCUAAUUUAUAAGAGAGCAUCUUCCUUUCCUAUCACAAAACCAUAAGAAAAUGGCUCGUGUCUGUGUUAUAAUUUUAUGUAUAUCAAUGGUCAUUGCUCAACGUUCAUCAUCAUCAUCAUCUUCAUCGCUCCACGGAAGAUCAGGUUUCGGUGAACUCAAAGAACUUGAACGACAGAAUCGCAUAACACAACAGAUUUUCGCAAAUUAUGUAGAAAGACGGCUAUUUCCUAACCGAAGGUUUCAACCGAAACCACCAACGAUAGACGAAAUUCUACCAAAAAGCACAGAACCUACUUUAAUUAAGAUUACAAACAGUAAUCAACGUCAAAGGAGAGGAGAGAAUGAAGAUUAUCCUAGUGAAGAUGUAAAUCAUCAAGAUGACUCCUUAUUGGACGAUUUCGAAGACAAGGAAGGUGACUCGGAAUCACUACAAAGUGUGGAGUCCAAACAACAUCAGUAUUACCCAGAUGGCUACACAGCGGAUCCUGCAAUCAACGAAAUAGAUCAAGAUUGCCCGAAUUGCGUUGACGACUCACAAUUCACCAACAAGUGGACGAUGCCGCUACUGAAACUCGGCGAAAAACGAUACUAUCUUGGAAUCUUCUUCAAGGCAAAUUGGUUCAAGGCAGCCCAGUAUUGUCGUUUCCACGGUAUGCAUUUGGCCAGUAUUUCAUCACAGGAAGAAAACGAUCGACUGGAAAAACACAUUCGAGAUUUCGGUCUCGGUCACGAACACUUCUGGAUAUCUGGUACAGAUUUAGCUGAUGAAGGACACUUUUUCUGGAUGGCAAAUGGACGACCAAUUACUUUUACAAAUUGGAAUGCUGGUGAACCGAAUAACUUCCGUUAUGAAAACGGCGAAGAAGAGAAUUGUCUCGAAUUGUGGAAUCGUGACGGUAAAGGACUCAAAUGGAACGAUUCACCAUGUAGUUUCGAAACUUAUUUCGUAUGCGAAGUACAAUGAAAAAUGGAAAACUUCCAGUAGAUUAGGCAUCAUAGUAUAAAGAUUUCAGCAGAAACUACUCAACGCAAAUAAAAAAACAACUUCUACAACAAAAUAUUCUGCAGAACAUCGUUUGUUGCGAAAAAGAUGGAAUACUUGCUAUAAAAAAAGAUCCUUGCAAAGAGCUAUUGUCUUCAAUUUGUCAAUGAUAGAGAGCCAGUCAAAGUAGUUCUGAAAUCAAAGUUACUUUUUAUAAUAAAAAGUUUUCAUUUUACGGUUGGACAACUGAAUUUCUCCUGCCGUCAUUUACAACUUUCAUUAAUUUUGAAGACAUCAUUCUCCAUUGUUGAAAUUUCCAAAUUGAAAUGAGAAAUUUUCUAUAUUUUCAUAUUUUCUUUUAUUACGAAUAUAUUUUCUUGUAGAAAAUACUCUGUAUACUAUAAGGAAUUCUAUCUUA